AUGGUUGCUUCCUGCAUCCAGAUACUGGUGGGAUUCUCAGGCCUCAUCGGCUUUCUCAUGCGCUUCCUUGGCCCCUUGACCAUUGCUCCGACCAUUUCCCUGGUGGCCCUGCCUCUCUUUGAUUCUGUUGGCAAUGAUGCUGGAAUCCACUGGGGGAUUUCUGUCAUCUGUGCCCGGCUGGUGGGAGCCCCACCCCCUCCAAAGCAUGCCAUCAACCGCGGCAUUGGCAUCGAGGGUCUUGGCUGCUUAUUGGCAGGAGCCUGGGGGACAGGAAAUGGCACCACCUCCUUCAGCGAGAAUGUUGGCGCACUGGGGAUCACCAAGGUGGGGAGCAGGAUGGUGAUUGUUACAGCGGGCUUCGUGUUGCUCCUGAUGGGUGUUUUGGGGAAGAUCGGGGCUGUGUUUGUCACCAUUCCAACCCCAGUGAUUGGGGGCAUGUUCCUUGUCAUGUUCGGGAUCAUCAGUGCCGUGGGGAUCUCCACUCUGCAGUACGUGGACAUGAACUCAUCCAGGAACCUCUUUGUCUUUGGCUUCUCCAUUUACUGUGGCCUCACCAUUCCCAACUGGGUGAAGAAGAACCCCGAGAAGCUGCAGACAGGCAUUCUCCAGCUGGACCAGGUCAUCCAGGUGUUGCUGACCACAGACAUGUUUGUUGGAGGAUUUCUGGGCUUUCUCCUGGAUAACACCAUCCCUGGUAGGGCUCACCUGUGA